UUGCUGAACAACUUAUUAAAUUUUCAUCGAUUCGAUUUUCUUCCGUUUGUUUUGAAUAGUCUUAGUCAGUGAAAUGCUUGACAUCUUGAAAAUCUAAGCGCCUGGUGACGUUGCAGAUUAUAUGUGCACUUUUCACUUGCAAAGUCAAUGUCAAGGUGGAACAAUAUUAUACAGAACAAGUAAAACAAGCUUACAUCAAAAUUGGUGAUAAGUCCAUCUAUACAGCUGUAUGGAAACUUGGAUAGAAACAGUGAUAUUGAAACUUUAUAUUGAAUGGCCAGGCGCAUACCUAUUUUAAAAUGGCUUAUUUUUGUCACUGUGGUAUAUUCUGUUACGUUGACAGUGCUUUUUAUGUCAUCCAAUCCAACUUUGACCCCAUGUGCUCAGACGGCUGAAAUUAGGUUCCAAGGCAACCAUGAAACUACUUCCAGAAAUAGCGCAACAUUACGAGAAUGCCCUUCUAUAGGAGACAACAAGGAGUGGGGCCCUCAUAAAAUGGUGGUAAUUGUCCCAUUUAGAGAUAGGUUAGAAGAGCUGUUGGAGUUUGCUCCACAUCUGCAACAAUACCUUGUCAGAAAACAUGUUAGACAUGAAAUUAUUGUUGUAAACCAGGUUGAUUCUUUGAGGUUCAAUCGUGGAUCACUUAUAAACGUUGGUGUCUUAGAAAGUCAAAAUGAUUGUGAUUAUAUAGCUAUGCAUGACGUUGACCUGCUACCCCUCAAUGAUGCCUUAGACUAUUCCUUUCCAGAAGAGGGACCUUUCCAUGUAUCUGCUCCAGAUUUACACCCCUUAUAUCACUACCACUCAUUUAUUGGAGGUAUUUUGUUGGUGACAAAAUUCCAUUUUAAGAUGGUGAAUGGAAUGUCCAACAGGUACUGGGGUUGGGGCAGAGAAGAUGAUGAGUUUUAUGUGAGAUUAAGGAAGGCAGGUUUACUGAAAACCAAAUUUGUUACCAAAAAUGGUGAAAGCAUUCCUGAGUAUGAGGUUCGUAGACCACAGAAUAUUACCACAGGGUUAGAAACAUUUCGCCACAUUCAUGACAAAAAACAAAGACCAAGAGAUAAUAAAAGAUUCUUCAAUCAGAAAGAGAAAACCAGCAAGCUGGAUAGAGAGACAGGCGUUGACAACAUACAGUAUGAAGUGCUAAACCGACACAAAAUCUCAGUAAAUGGUACAAGUUUUACAAUGCUGGAGGUUGUUCUUAAAUGUGACUAUGAAAAAACUCCCUGGUGCUUAAAGGCAGAGGACCAUCAUUUAAUUAAGAAUUAUAUUACCCCUUUACCUCCCAGAUGAUAAAAAUAAAUACAUGCCAUCAGACCUAGGGUAAUAGUUAAUUGCAAUCAUCGAUUUUAUAAUUGAUUCCAUGAUUAAACUGUAAUCAUCAUCAUGUAAUUGAUUAUCUUGCCCAAACUUUAUUAUAUUACUUGUAAUUGUAAUUAAGCAAUUACAGCUUAAAUGAAGUCAGUAAUUACUAUCAAAUUUAACAGGAAACUAUUGAAAUUCAAGGGAUGCCUUUAUUUCACAUGAUACAGUUUAACUUUUGUUUUACAGUUAAACAUUGAAUGUAAUUAAUUUGUUUACAGAGGCAAGUCUGAGUAAUUAUAAUCAAUUACAAUAAAAUCUGAAAUUUAUUGUAAUUUAACCCUUUACCUCAUAUAGACGUGUUUUGACGGCUUUUUGACCCCCACUCCCUCACCCCCUCCUUUUUGAGGCCUCAAACAGUAAAAAACUACCCUCAGGUCGAUCGUAAGGUAACGUGUAACCAACGCUGAAAAGCCUUUGACUCUAUCUCAAUCCAUUAAGAAGUUGCAGCACUUUGAAAUCAGCUUUGAUGGAAAAAAACAAUGCAAAAAUAGUGAUUUUUUGGCAAUUUUGAGACGUCCCCUGUUGCAAUGGUAACAGGAAAUUUAAGAUUGAGCAUUUUGUUACAGAGGCUAUGGUCCAGUCAACAUUUGUGCCAAGUUUCAUCAGUAUUGAAGCUUUUAUCAUAGUUUCUUUUAUCUUGAAGCUUUUACCGUACAUGUAGUUUCAUAGUUUUUUUUAUCGUAGUUGAACUUGUAACAGGAGGAUUUUCAAUGAAAAUGGCCAUUUUUU